AUGAGCACCACAAAUACCCCUGUAAAAGAUGUCUUAUAUUCAUCUAGAUAUUAUUCUUCUCCUUACGCAUCCACACUCGCAUACUCAACUUACCCCUAUACAAGCUCUCUUUACAGAUCAGCAAUUACCCCUCCUAGAACAAGCGAAUGGACUGAAUACUAGCCAGUUGAAAGAAAGUACAUUGACUAUGUACCUGAAACAAAGGUAGAAUAUGUUCCCGUUGAAAGAACCACUAGAGACUAUGUUGAAAUUAAGCAUGUCACUUCAUAUGAGCCCUAGACAAGAGUUGAAAGAAGAACUGAAUACGUUCCAGUAGAACACGUUGAUGAGUAUGUUGACUAUUAUCCUAAAAAUUACUCAUAUGUCUCUCGUAGCCCAAGCUAUGAUUACUCACCCUCUCUCACAACUUCUAGCUUGAGAACCAGCAACUACCUUCCUUACUACACUUCCAGCUACUACAGAUCUCCUUAUUCUUACAGAUAUUACUACUGA